UCUCUGACGGCUUGACGCAGCCGCCGAGUCCAAUGGAAGCCUUCGUCCUCACACACAGGAGACAAUCCGGCGCAAGUUUAACACAGAAAUAGGAGCAGAUAUCGGCGGAUCGGCUUGUAAAGCGUGUUUUCUCGGAGCGGCGUGGCCGUGCGCUGUCCCCCGGGGUGUCUGGAAGCCGCUGACCCGCAGCCCUCCGCCUCUCUCCGGCCUUGUUUAUACUGAGCGGGGCAGCUCGGAGCUCCGAGGCCCGCUCCGGUGUGACUCCUGCGGCCUCUGGACCGGGCUGUGUGCGCUUCGGCCCUUUAGCUCACCAAAGAAUAUGACCCAGAUGCAACAAUGACGUCCAGAUUUGGUAAAACCUACAGCCGCAGGGGAGGGGAGGGCACGUCCAAGUUUGACGAGGUGCUGUCCAACAAGAGGGCCACCCUCAGCACCAAAUGGGGUGAGACCACCUACAAGGCUAAGGUGGGCUCCAAGCGAAUCGGUCCCGCCAAAAAUGACUCUCUGUCGGAGAGCCACAAGAGGCCGCGGCUCUGUGACGACGGCUUCGAGGAUCCGUUCGGUUUCGACAGCGAUGAGGAGUCCAAGCCGGUGUCGUCCCGCGGCACGCCACAGGCUGCCAGCAAGGCGUCCCCGGCCAAGCCGGCCUCGGCAGAGCCUCCGCAGGCCGAGCGACCCGGCCGGUCGCUGGACGCCAGCAGCAGGUCCAGUUUGCUGAGCUGGACGCACGGCACGGCGUCAGGGCGAGUGGCGCCCGACAGCAGCCAGCUGAAGCUGGUGGAGGACACCGCCAGGUUCUUGAACAGCAGCACCAGCACAGGGAUGUCCCAGCAGAGCUCUUCCUCCUCCUCGUUGUCGUCAGAGAAGCAGCACAGCUACUCAUGGUACCGAAAUGCCUCGGAGAGCGACAAGAAGCCGCUGGCCCAGACCACCACGCUGAAGACAGAGUCCAAGACAGACUCCACCUACGACCCCUGGGAUGCCAUCAUGGGCCUGCGCUCGCCCUCGCCCAGCCAGGAACCUCGCAACCCCCCUGCCUCGCUCUGGGCCUCGACGGGCAGCUACGACCCGGGCCGGAGUUUUGGCAUGGGGCAGACCCGUGAGGAGAAGCCUCCCUCGCCUCCGCGGCUUCAGAGUCCCAGCGAGAGCGAGGACUUAGGCGGUGACUCCGACUUCCCGGUGGAGACGGCGGAGUCAGAGGAGCGCUCCUCGUCGCUCCUCAGGAACUCCAACUGUCGGACCUACAGGAGGCCCAGCAAACUGGGCUCCGACAGAUCCUCGGACUCCAGCAGCUACACCAGCGCUGUUUUUGGCGCCGGUUUCCCCAAAUCCUCCUCCGAUGCCAGUAACAAGACGACUGGUGGGGGAGCGGGGCGGGGCAGGACGAGGGACUACACGGUGUUGCACCCGUCCUGCACCUCCAUGUGUAACGUCACCAUCCAGGACCGAGGUGUGGAGGAGUUCAGCAGCAGUGCAGCGCCCUCUAGUGGCGGUGCUGGUGCUGGUGCUGGAUCUGGAGGUACAACAGAGCUGGGAGAGGCGGGAUGGCAGAGGAAGAAGAGCGAGCAAGUCGCAGCCAAACCCAGGUUCCGGCCGCCUCAGAGCAAGUCGAAGAAGGACAGCAUGCUGGAGCUGUUUGGUUUCGAAGACGCCGAAGUGCAGCAGGACGAGAACAGCAGCGACGGCACCUCCGGCCACUCCAGCUACAAGAUCAAAUACUUCGGCUUCGACGACAUGAGCGACAGCGACGGCGACGAGCACGACAGCUCCACAGACAGAAGAAAGGCCAAAAGGGCCGCCGCCGCCGCCAAGGUGGCCCCGGUGGCGCUGGCGGACACUGUGGACAUGCCGGUGGACAGCCCGCCGGACAGCCCGCCGGAUCCCUUCGAGAGGCUGGAGAGUCGGGAGAGAGCGAAGGAGAACAGGAAGAACUCAGAGAGCAGUAGGAUACGAGCAGAUGUGCUGGACUUCUCGGAGGACAGUCUCAGGGUGGUGGCCGAGGCUCCCAGGAGGCCACCUCAGGUCAAAGCAGCCGAGAAGAACCCGGACAGCCACCGCCGCAUCUUCAGCGGGCCCAAAAAGUCUCCCACUAAAGCAGUGUACAACGCCAGACACUGGACGGUAGACAGCGAGGAGGAGCCCCCCCCACCUUUCUUCUCACGGUCACAAACUGCUCCUCAGGCAGGAGCGUCCUCAGGGGGCUCCAGUAAGGAGGCGUCCAACGCCCAGAAGGACGACGGCGUGUUCAAGGCCCCGCCCCCUCCUCCCAAAGUCACCAAGUCCGUCACCGUGCCCUCUGACCCCUACCAGGACGUCGUCACUGCACUCAAGUGCCGCAAGGAGCACAAGGAGCUGUACACGGUGGUGCAGCACGUGAAGCACUUCAACGACGUGGUGGAGUUCGGAGAGAACCAGGAGUUCACCGACGACUUUGAGUACCUGGCCACCGGCCUGAAGAGCGGCCUGCCUCUCAACACCCGCUGCCUUAGUGUGAUCAGCCUGGCCACUCGCUGUGCCAUGCCCAGCUUCAGGAUGCACCUGCGGGCCCGAGGGAAGGUGGCUCAGGUCUUCAAGACGCUGAACGAUGCCCCGCAGCACCCGAACCUGGCGCUGUGCACGGCCUCGCUCAUGUACAUCCUGAGCAGAGACCGGCUCAACAUGGACCUGGACCGCUCCUGCCUCGACCUGAUGAUCCGCCUGCUGGAGCUGGACCAGGACCAGGGGGGCGGGGCCGGCGCCGACUCCGCCCCCCGGCUGAGCGCCAGGGAGAUCGCCAAGGUGAAGGAGAAGAUCAGGAAGCUGUGCGACACCGUGCACAACAAGCACCUGGACCUGCAGAACAUCACGACGGGUCACCUGGCCAUGGAGACGCUGCUGUCUCUGACCUCCAAGAGAGCGGGAGACUGGUUCAAAGAGGAGCUGAGGCUGCUGGGAGGACUCGACCACAUCGUAGACAAAGUGAAAGAGUGUGUAGAUAAUCUGGACCAGGAGGACGAUAAGGAGAAGUUGGUGUCGUCUCUGUGGGGGGCAGAGAGGUGUUUACGGGUACUGGAGAGCGUAACGGUGCACAACCCAGAAAACCAGAGCUACCUGAUCGCCUACAAAGACUCAUCGCUCAUCGUCUCCUCUGCUAAGGCUCUGCGGCGGUGCCAGGAGAUGAUCGAGCGCUACAGCAGGGAGGUGAAGACGUCGGCGUGCUCGGACAGCGUGGGGAAGGCCGUGGAGGACUGCAUGAGGGCCGUGAUCGGAGUCCUGCUCAACCUGACGCACGACAACGAGUGGGGCAGUACGAAGACAGGGGAGCAGGAGGACUUGAUCAUCACGGCUCUGAACUGCGUCCUCAAAGUUCCUCAGUUCGUUCCUCAGGAGCAGAGGUUCGACAUCAGAGUGCUGGGUCUGGGCCUGCUCAUCAACCUGGUGGAGUACAGCGCCAGGAACCGUCACUGUCUGAUGGACAUGGAGAUGGAGGGGUCUCAGGGUCCCUGUGACGCCACGCUGCUGCUGGCCCCGCCCCUGCUGGCCCCGCCCCCACAGGAAGUGGUCAGCACCGGCCCGCUGAGCGCCAUCGCCGCCCUCGUCCAGCUCUUCCUGCAGCGGGAGCGCGCCGCCGUCCUGGCCGAGGCGCAGACUGAUGACCUCAUCAAGGAGGCGCCCAAGCCGGCGCUGGACCAGAGCGGGGAGUGGCAGGAGACCGGCGGCGAGAUCCAGUGGGUCGCCAACGACAACCAGAGCGACGCCGAGCGGCAGGACGACGGCGGGAAGAAGGAGAAGGACGAGGAGGACGAGGAGCUGGACCUCAACAAAGCUCUGCAUCACGCAGGGAAGCACAUGGAGGACAGCAUCGUGGCGUCCUACACAGCACUGCUGCUGGGCUGCCUGUGUCAGGGGAGCCCGUUGAAUGUGACUACUGUGAGAGAGAACCUGCCUAAAGGAGAUUUCUCCAUCAUGACAGAAAUGCUGAAAAAGUUCCUCAACUUCAUGAACCUCACGUGUGACGUCGGCACCACAGGACAAAAGUCCAUAUCCCGGAUCAUUGACUAUCUGGAGCACUGCUAGAGAGGCCUGUCACACACACACACACACACACACACACACCCAUCAUCUCCUUCAUCGUCGCCUUGUUCAGACUCUCAACUGACUCUGCACUGCUGGAAAGAGACCUGUCUCUUUCACACACACACACACACACACACACACACACACAUCAUAAUCACCAUCAUCAACAUCUUCCUCACCUGGCAUGGAGCUCCGCUGCAGCCUCCUCCUCCUCCUCCUCCUCCUCCUCCAUCAUCUCCAGCCACAAGAACAGAACAGGAGCUCAGAACCAAACAGCAGCAACUUCACUUCAGGAACCUUCAGGAACCCACCGCCUGUCGAGGAACCCGCCGCCUGUUUGAGGAACCCGCCGCCUGUCGAGGAACCAUCAAGUUUUCAGCAGGUUGUGUGGUUGGUCGGUGUGGACGCAGCCUGAUGAGAGCACAGACACCUGGAAGACCCCGAAUCAUCCACCUGUCCUUGGUCCUUCCAUGCUAACACUUUAGCAGACACCCUGCAGAUCUAAAGCUGAGCUGAGAACAGUUUGAAGGAGAAGCUCAGCUGUGUCCGCUUCCUGUCGUUUGUCUUUUUUGGAGGCGGCGUGGCCUCGGCCAAGUCAACGCCAGCACGCCGCCGCUCUGUCCGGCUCAUGGGCUCGGGCAAAACGAGGCGUGAGCGGAUCCCGGCGGGUCAUGUGACCGCGUGUGCCGAUGGCUAACACUUACAGGAUGACAACAGUAAGACGUUUUAGAAUCAGCAGGAAGUCGUGCUAACGUGUUGGCGCCCACGCUGAGCCGCGGAGGCGUGAGGGACUCUGCUGUUUAUGUUCUCAUCAGGUCAAACUUCCACCACCGACAGGAAAACCAAACCGCCCAAAACUCGGUUUGUGUCCUCCUCGGGUGAGAACGACUCCAUCACGGCUCCCGAGUGACGAGCGGCAGCCCGUUCUCCUGAGGAGGCUCUCCAUGCUGCUCUGAGGUCAGCUGUUAACUGAGGCGUUUAUGUGAACGGACCUUGGGCUGAGGAGAGAGACCAGACGUGUGUUCAGGCGUUUUCCACCGUCACAGCCGUUAUUUUUUAAAGUUUGAUUCUGGCUUUGUGAAGCGUUCGUCAGCCGACUCCCCCAAAGCUGUGAUGAUAGUCCGAUUUUUUUUUUCCUCUUAAUUAUUUUAUGUUAUUAAAGAGACAGUCCGCGUCAGUGUUUUAUGACAUUUUCCCCGCCUCUAUUUAUAAAAGUUGUCGAGAACAAUAUGCUUUUUUUUUUUUAAGCUUUCUGGUAACUUUUCUCCUCAAAGCUUCACCUCCGUGUAAAAAAACACCCUCUCUCUCGAUCGAUGGCAGAUUUGAGUGAAACGCUCCCAUUUUCUCGGGCUGUCAUCAAAGCCUCGCCGCCGCCGCCUUCACCUCGCCACUUGAUGAAGAAAGCAGAGGAGGGAGGAAACGGCGAGCAGAUGAUUGAGUCUUUCUCUUUGCUUUGAAACGCCGUGAACCCUCGGCUCCACUCUGACCGCCGUGUUUAUCUCAGCAGCUUUUUCUUCUCUCUCUCUCUCUCUCUUUUUUUUUUUUUUUUAAAUGUCUCUUCUCUGUGGGAAGCCGGCGGCUUGAGGCCGAGAAAUGGAAGUAUUGAUCUUUGUCUGUCCUAAGUGCAAGAAAUAGCCGGAGUUCAGAGCCGCAAAUUGCAGUUCUUUUUUUUUUUUGUUUUGUGUUGUUUUGUUGGAGUGGAGGUGUUGUUUCAGACGGAGCCGCCCUCAAAGCCGACAAGAUCUCUGAAACAAAACGCCUCGUGGAGUUCAAUAAAAAACAUUCAGCUUGUUCGAAAAGGACUUUUUGUUUUGUGUCAAGCGGCCAGUUUCUCCACUUUGGAGGGAAGCGAGGAAUCUCUCCCAGCAUGCCGAGCGCCCGGCACCCGGCCUGGGACCAGAAAAAAAAAGGUGGAUGUUCAGGGUUGGAAACUUCAAACAGUCUCCUCCCUCAGAAGAAACGCUUCCUCUUUUUUUUUUUUCAUUAGAGGAUCGAUGGGGUCCGCGGCCUCCCUCCUGCCUCGUCCACAUCAAAGCGCUCGUCUCCUUUCAAUUACCGGCUGAUCCCAGAGCAGCCAGCAGGUACGGGCCCGAGCCGGACGCCAGCACCUGGACUCCCCGUCUCUCUCUUUUUAAUCUCCUCUGUGGACCGAGCAGCUGUGAAGGUGCAGCUCCUCUCACAGAACGGCCUCCUCCCACAAUCAACUAAACCCAAUGCACUUCUUUUAAAUUAUUGUUUUUAAUGUUGGAAUUUACUUAGAUCUGUCUUCAGAUCCAGACGUGUUCUCAUGUUCACGUUCCUUUAACCUGCUUCACCUGCACUCAGGCAUUUCCUACAAUUCCCAGAAUGCCUCUUGACAGCCUCUAGAGACGGAGACCUGAGUUUAUUCCCUCCAGCUGCAGGAUUUUACUGGAGGAAGAUUUGAAAAUGAGACACAGCCCUUUUUUUAAUUUUUUUGUUUUGUUUUUUUUUUUUUUAAACAAAAUGCAUUCUGGUCUCUGGAGGCUGCAGCAGUGCAUGCUGGUCUCUGGAGGCUGCAGCGGUGCAUGCUGGUCUCUGGAGGCUGCAGCGGUGCAUGCUGGUCUCUGGAGGCUGCAGCAGUGCAUGCUGGUCUCUGUCUUUUUUUUUUUUUUUCCCUGCUGCCACAUUUUGUUGGCAGGCGGUUUGACGGCUGAGACAUCAGCCAGGUUCUGCCUCUGCUGGACAAACAAAACAUCACCAGACAAGCAGCAGCCUCCUCUUUCUCCUCCUUCUUCUCUUCCUCUUUCUCCUCCUACUCCUCUUCCCCUCUUCAUCCUCAUCUACUUCCUUCUCCUC